AUGCCAUCCGCUGAUUUUACAGCGUCACUUGGCAAUUCAGACGAUCACGUUGACGUUUCCUCAUUCACAACAACUUCUGAAAGCUCCCCACCAUACAGUACUUCUGAUCAUCACAGUCCGACAGAUCAGAGAACUGAAACGCCCACAUCAGACUCUGGAAAUGUUUCAUUCUCACCUGAAAAUGUAGCGACAAGUUUUGAAAGCAGUGAUCGAGAUGCUUCGCCCGAUAAUUUGUCAACAGAUUCAGGGAAUGUGAAUGAUAUUCAAGAGAAGAGUUUAGGUGUUGAUGAUGAUUUGACAAAACUUCUGCGGUUUCAUCAGGAAUCAUUUCUAGAAAACAAUCAAAAUACAAUCAAUAUGAUGGCAUUUAAUCCUAAUUUUCUGAAACAAACACUCGCGAGUUUCAACAAUAUGGCUCCUCAGCUGCCAGUCAACUUAACAACGGGAAUUCCAAUGCCUGCUAGUCCGUGUACAACUCAAGCAACAGCUCCAAGUGUCGAAUCAACACCUACAAAAAGGAAACGGCAGAGGAGAAAUCCAGUGUGGCCGUAUUUCGAUGUGGUUGAUGGAACGGCGAGAUGUAAACAAUGUCUGUAUAGUACAAAAAGUGUAUUUAGUACGAAUCUGAAAGUACAUUUACGAUCACAUCACAGGCCAGACUAUGAAAAGGUGAUUAUGGCUGAAGAUGCAUUGAAUUUGAAUGCUCUGUUACUCAGCGGAAAUACUUCAAAGUUGUUUAAUGUUGAUGCAAAUAGGAAACGAAUGCCACCAAUGACAUCGAGUAUUUUGAUGACAAUUAAUAAAUUAGCCAAUCAACAACAAAAUGGAGAAGAGAAUCCACUGAACGCUGUUCUUCGACAAACCCUUGCCAAUAAUGGACUUCAACAACACUUCCAAAGUAUUCAAGGACAAUUCCAAGCAGCUCAGGCAGCUCUACAGAAGCAACAACAAGAACAACAGCAGAAACAACUCCAGCAACAACAACAGCAACAACAGCAACAACAGCAGCAGCAACAGCAACAACAACAACAGGCAGUUCCACAAUUUGCACUGAACGCUGCCAACUUGGCUGCACUCAAUCAGCUCGCUAGAAAUCAGAUGCAACAACAGCCAACGCCGCCACCAGUGGCACAAGUAGCACAAGAUCAUAUCAUCAAUACUCUCAACUUUCCAGCUCAUAUUAAGCAAGAAAUUCUGAAUGCACCACAUGGAACUGAUGCCAAUGGUGUGCCACAACCGAAACGACGUCGUCUUCGUCGUCAUCCGGUUUGGGUGUACUUCAAGGAUCUCGAAGACAGAAUGGUUGGAUGCACAAACUGUGAAUUCCGAACUGGAUCUGCCUUCUCAACAAAUCUGAAAAUGCACUUGAAAGCUCAUCACAAAGAAGAUUACGAGAAAGUUCUUCAGUUGGAAGAAGAAAUGAGAUUAGAGGAAGGAUGUUUUGGGCCAGGAAACAAGUUCAAAACAGAGCUUAUUGAUUACAUCAGAGGAGGUGGAAAUGUAACAACUCCAACGACUCCAAAUCCAGCUGGUCAAAACUAUCCAUCAACACCAAAAGCUUCUCCAUUAGUCCAACAAAUUAUUAAUCAAUCAAUGGCUAGAUCACAAUCUCCAGUUAUGCAAGAGAUGAAAGUAAAGAAGGAAGUUGAUGAGGAUAUGUUCAGUGGUCUCUCAUCAACAGAUAAACUUGCUGCUCUUGUUGGAAUUGCUGGCCAACGAGAAAUCAAGGUUGAGGAUGAUAUGACAUCAAACUUCGAAGAAUUUCGUCAACGUCUUCUUGCCAACUCAUCGCUUUCCGGUUUAUUAGGACAACCAACAUCUCAACCAAUCGCUGUUGAUCUCAAUGGAAGUAUUAUUGCUUCGGAGACUAAAUCACCUUGCUCUUCAUCGACUGAAGAUGAUCGGAAGCAGGAGAGAGAUAAAGCACUUGCUAGAUUAUGGGCUGACAAUGAAACACUUCUGACAAACACACAUUUCCGUGAUUUCGUGCAUUGCCUUGCUCCAGAAUACGAGAUUCCAGAUGUUGACAGUCUUGCAUCAUCUCUUAUGGAUCAAGAUUAG